GUUCUUAAAAGAAGAAAGAGGAGGAUGCAAAACCAGAACACUUCUGGGGAACACAGGGACAAACCGACGAAGCAUCUGAAUAACAAGAAUUCAAAAUGAAAGCUGCCGCGUGUGCCAUCCUCGUCCUGCUGGCUCUACAUCAAGCUGAGGCCCUGACGUGCAACUACUGUUACUCUAAGGGAAGUAAACUCUGCACCUCCACCACCACUCAGACCUGUUCAAGGAGAAUGGACGCGUGUGCCACCGUCAUACUGCCAGCCCCACUAAACAAUUCAUUCCGCUCGUGCAUGAACAUGGCCAUAUGCAAGGGUUACAUCCAAACACCGGGCGUGAUCGCCUCAUGCUGCAGCACCGACCUCUGCAACAGUCCUCACCUCAGCUUGGCGCCAUUAUGAUGUUGGAUGAUCCAUUUCUCAAAUUCAAACCAUUGACGAGUGGCACUGCUUAAUGACACUAGGUGGCACUAGAGCGCCGUGAAGCUGGGCCACCACUGGCAGUGUAUGUGUGUUUUUUUUAUGUGAAAUUAUUAAAAAGACUGAAACCAUA